AAAAAAAAAAAAAAAAAAAAACCCGCUGACUGGCUUUAGGCACGUCACACUGCUGCUCUCCGUCUUCCGCUAUCUCCUGUCCUACAUCACCUUCAACUACUACUCGUCCUCGGCCCAGGUGUCCUACCGCUUGGCUUUCCUUUCGGCGGCUGCGACAUACGGUAUCGUGGUGUACAAGGGACACAUCGCCCGUGGUCGUCUUCAGGGUAGCGUUCCGAACAUUGCGGUGAAGCUCGCUGGCGAUGAAAAUGUCCAGUAUCUUGGUGAGUAGAAUUGCCAGGUGGUCAAAUUUAACUGGCAUGGGCUGACCAAACACUAGGAAUGGCAAUUGUCUGGCUCUAUUCCCGCCAGGUCCCAUUGGCCCUCCUCCCCUUCAGUGUUUACUCGAUCUUCCACGUUGCGACAUACUCUCGCGCCCACCUGAUCCCCACCUUGCAGCCUCCCGCCCAGGGUGCUGCCGGAUCCGCGUCGCCCUCUUCUCCUGGUGCUGCCAAGCCCGCGGCCAGUCCUUUGGCAGACACCAUUGGAAGAUUCGUCAAGCAGUACUAUGAUGCCAGCAUGGAUCUCGUUGCUGGACUCGAGAUGGCGCUCCUGUUCCGUCUGGCCUUGGGAGUUCUGACCUUCUCUAAAGGAGGCAUCCUUCUCUUUUUGAUCUACGUGGCCUUCUUCCGUGCGAGAUACACCCAGAGCUCGUUUGUUCAGCAGGCCGUGCGCCAUUUCACCGCCCGCGUGGAUGCUUCGGUUUCCCACCAGAGCACUCCCCCCGCGGUGCGCCAGGGAUGGGAGACCUUCAAGGGUGUUGUUCGCCAGGCCUAUGAGAGCACCGAUCUGGGCCGUCUGACCUCUGGAGCCCCGGGCAAGAAGCCGCAAUAAAUGGUAUCUUCGGCGAUGAACGAUCACCGGCCGAGACGCGUGGGACAGGCCCAAUCCGAUUGCGACGCAUUUUAGACGGACUUAGACCAUUCGCGAAGGGCCCGGGAUCACAGAUGGGCGUGUGGGCUCUCGUUUGUAAAGUGAUGAGCAUAUAACGAAUAAUGUGCCAUUGAUCCUAACCAUAUUUGAGUUGGGAAGUGGUUCUUCUUUACGAUAAGCCAAAAAUUGUUUACAUGCUGCAGUGGGAGGGAAUGUGGAUGUGGAUGUUUAGUGCGUGAGGGGGAGAGAAGAGUCGUAUUAUAAUCCUUGUAUUGCCAUUUUGUUGAACUCGGGCAGCGCCCAGUUAGGAAGUCAUGCACAUGCUGGACCUCCGAUGGGAUGUUGAGCCCGGACGAAUUCCAUUGCAUUCCUAUUACACAUGUUUGUUGUUGAUGCAUAAGCUUGUGUCCUAC